AUGACUGGCAAAGACGCCUCCAAGCAGGCAUCGACGUCGGGAGAGUCCGCCAACUCCUGUCUUCGCCCUCCUUCCUUCUGGGAUGCGUCAUUGUGCUGCGCUCGCUUCUCUUCUGGCGCACGAUUCGCACAAUUCACUCAAUACAACCACGAACAACUACGGUCCCGCCGAUGCUGCUGCAAUGCAGGAUCCGCGCGCUACGUCGUCCUCGCAAUCCUCUGGGCCUGCGCCGCAAGGGCCACUCUCGCACUCUCGACACAAUCUGCCGGCGCAAUCUGCCCGUCGGGUUUCCUCCGAUGGGAAAGACAGAUCCCACUCGCACAGGUGCUGACCGUCAUUUUGGAUGCGCUGCUGGUCGUCUGUCUUUCAAGACGGCGUCAAGAUGCGGUGGAUGAUGCGCCGCAGGCUUGGGCUUUCGCGUCACGGCUGUUCCUGGGCUCUGCUGGCGUACUGGCUGUACUUGCCACUUUCUCAUUCUACCACCCCCGGAACGUACGAUGGGCCUUUGAGCUACAAACCGUUGUCGCCAAGGAUCUUUUGAUGGACAGCACCGCGGCCGCGCUCGCCAUCAUCUCGGCGUUCUACGUCAUGAGCGACAUACACCCCAGCACGCUGGCGAUGAUUGUUACGGCCUCGGGAGUAUACGCCCAUCAGCUCUUCCGCAUGUUGCAGACCGCCACGCCGGUGGACGACUCCCUGCCCUACAUGAUCGCCGGCGGCCUCACGAUAGCCGGCGUCGGUCUCUUACUGCGCUACGAAAAGGACCUCACCGGCGCACCCGGCGCAUCGGCAGGGGAUCCACGCCUGAUGCGGUUCCUCACGGGAUGGUAUGUGAUCCUUGUCGGCUUCCUCUGCGGGACCUACCUCGUCUUCUAUCCAGACUUCAACUCCUCCAACGCCCUCUCCUUCCCGGACCUGCUGUCCAUCGCCAGCGCCGAAUCCGACGCCUGGGUCGCCCGGGCGAACCAGAGCACAACCCUCGAGGGUGCCGUAGGUGAGUACCGUCGCCGGUAUGGCCUUGCGCCGCCGCCCAACUUUGACAAGUGGUUUGAGUACGCCGUGGCCAACGGCUCGCCCAUCAUCGACGAUUUCACGCAGAUCAACGACGACUUGUUACCUUUCUGGGGCGUCGCGCCGGAAGUGCUGCGGCAGCGGACAAGACACGUGCUGGAGGUCCCGUGGCUCGGGAUGGGAGGACUCCGGAUCCGCCGUGGUAAGGUUGAGGUUGCGCCUGGGACACCGGGAUCGCACAUGUGGAUGAUGCACUCGAUGCAGGACAUGAUUGAGGGGUUUGCCGAGCACUUGCCCGACAUGGAUUUCGCCAUCAACCUAAACGACGAGUCCCGCGUCACCAUCCCGUUCGAGGAGAUGCGGCAGCUGCAGAGUACAGCCGCGAAGUCAAGAACGAGGUCACUGGGCAGCAACGACCUCAAGCCGUUCGAUGGCACCAAGCCGCCGGUCUGGAGCGACGACGAUACCUUUGAACCUCUCGAGAGGUCGCCAUACUUUCUAGACCGCAUCCGGGACCAGAUCUACUACGACUUCAUCGCCCCGUCCUGCCCGCCCGACUCCCCCGCCCGGAACACGCGGUGGUGGAGCCGCAGGGAAGCCUGCCGCGACUGUCUCAUCCCGCACGGCGUCCGCGUCUUCGAGAGCCUCGAGAACCCCGUCGUCUCCAACUGGACCGCGGCCACGGACCUCUGUCACCAGCCGGAUCUGGCAUACCUGCACGGGUUCCUCAUGUCCCCCGCGCCGGCCAUCUUCACCAAGGAGCCGUUCCCCGUGUUCAGCCAGAGCAGGACGUCCGGGUUCGCGGACAUCCUCGUCCCGUCGCCGUGGAACUACGACGAUAAGGCGGCGUACCACCAGGGCGAGGACGUCGAAUGGGAUAGGAAGAAGAACACCAUGUUCUGGAGGGGGUCGUCGUCGGACGGCUACGCGGCAAGGGGGUCGUGGCAAGGGUUCCUCAGGGCCCGGUUCGUCCAGGCUGCGAACGCGAUCCAGACCGUCUCCCGGAUCCAACAGGACGAGCAGUCGGCCUUUGCGAAGCCAAGAGACGAGCCCGACUUUGACGUGGGCUUCGUGGGCAGCUUUUCGAAAUGCCACGAGGAGGACUGCGAGAGCCAAAGAGACACGUUCUGGGGCAUCGGCGCGGACUCGUCCCCCAAGAACGCCGUCGCCUUUAGUGAGCACUGGAGAUACGCGCACCUGAUGGAUCUUGACGGCGCCGGGUUCAGCGGGCGCUUCAUCCCCUUCCUGCGAAGCCGCAGCCUCGUCUACCGCGCCGGGCUGUUCCGGACGUGGUUCGGCGAGCGGGUGCACGCGUGGCGGCACUACGUCCCCGUCGACGCGCGGCUGCACGAGCUGAGGGGCUUGCUGCGGUACUUUGGCGCCGAGGACGAGGGGAAGCGGAGGGCGCGGGAGAUUGCCGAGGAGGGGCGCGCGUGGGCGGCGAGGGCGCUGCGGAGGGAGGACAUGAGGGUGUACAUGUUUAGGCUGUUGCUGGAAUGGGGGCGGGUCGUGGACGAUGCGAGGGAGGAGCUCGGGUUCGCGGUGGCUUGA